ACCUUACCUCGUGGCCCCGCAUUCGAGCCGCCCAACCGCGAACGCAUUUAGAGUGCUGUUGACAGCACCUAUCCUCAAAAGCCCAGCGAAGUCCGCUUCCGCAGCGGAAUACUUUCUGCCACUAUGCGCGACCUUCGCAAACAGGCUCUCGAGAGCCACAAGACCAUGUCGCGCAAAGCGCGAUCCAAGGUCGCCUCUGGCGCCUCCUCGAUCGCCGGCUCACGCACUGCUAGCCGCAACGUCAGCCGAGCUCCCUCAGACGACGGCGAUGAUAACGGCUAUCUUAGCGACGACACCGCCUGGAGCACCAAUUCGAUCGACGAGAUCCUCAAUGGCGAAGAUGUGCACAUAUCUGAGGCGCAGUGGAAGUCUGAGCUCAGCGUGCGCAUCGAGCAGAUUACCAAUCUGAAGCGUAGCACGACUGAGGGCCGCACCGAAAGCUUUGCGGCCUAUGCACACAUCCUCAUGGCACGCUAUGCCAACGAAGAGAUCGAGCCUCACAUCAGAGAGCUCUUGCAGUCUAUGCUACGCAGCGUUAGACAGGAGACCACAGAGCGUGAAGCUCUAAAAGCACUGAAAGCACUCGCUGCAACAAUAGUCACUGUCGACACCGGUGAAAUCUAUGAUGAUGUUUCGACUGAGCUUAAACGAGCAAUACAGUCCGAGUCUGUCGAUGUACAGGUCCACGCGAUACACUGCCUUGGUCUGGCUACAUUCUUUGGCGGAGCCGGCGAGGACGAGAUCAAGGACAACAUGACGUUCUUCCUGGAAAUCGUAGAAUCAGAUGGCGCCUCCGUAGAUGCUCAGGACAACGGCAAUAUCGUCACCGCUGCGCUCGAGAACUGGGGGUUGCUCGCAACAGACAUCGAUGACCUCGAGGAAGAAACGGAGGCUGCUGUUGAGGCCUUUGUGGAUCAGCUUGAGAGCUCUGAUGCCAAUGUGCAGAUUGCGGCCGGUGAGAACAUUGCCCUUCUGUACGAGAAGUCAUACACAGAGCAAGAAGCGGACGAGGAGAUCGAGAAAGAGCCAGAGGACGAAGAUGACCCAGAAUAUACUAAGGACGGCGAGAAGCUAGUCAGGCGCUAUCAGGUUUACCGCAAUCAACCAAAGCUACUGCAGACACUCGACGAGCUGGCGAAGGUGUCAUCCAGAAGGAUCUCAAAGAAAGACCGUAAGACAUUACACUCUGGUUUCACGGAGAUCCGCAAUUCGGUCGAGAAGCCAUCUCGUGGACCUGGGUACUCAACAGCGAUCGACCAAGAAAGCGGACGAGCAUACGGUGCCGGCCGCAUGAAGGUCAGGAUCAAUCGCAACCUGGAAGUUAGGAUCGACAAGUGGUGGAAGCUUUUGAGACUGAACGCGCUGCGACGGACGCUUCAGGGUGGCUUCGCGUACCACUAUGAGCAGAACGAGAUCGUCUCAUCAGCCUUGCCGUUCUCCGUGGGCCGUGGCAAGAGCUGGUGAGCGAUAGGUCAUGUUGUAGAGCCCUUGCGUUUGGCUUGUGUGUGGCACAUAUACCUGGUUUGCAUUGGCGUUUGGACUACCCAUCAAUGACUUUUGCUUUCAAGACGGCAUUUCGAUAAAAGCAGAGCAGCAUUUCCUACGAUAAGAGUAUUAUGAAAAUGGGAUCGGCAGCCUUGUUGCGCACGGUCAUUUCGACGAUGCCCCGCGUUGCCCCUCACCAGUGAAUGUUGGUGUUUACAAAUACAUUGAGCUGGUUCUGGC